AUGGAAUACUUAUCCAGAAGAUUAGAGCUCUUAAAGAAGGAUAGGUUGUUCAGAUAUCAUCCAAGGUGUGGCAAACUCAAAAUAUCCCACCUCAUCUUUACGGAUGACCUGCUACUCUUUGCCAAAGAUGAUUUAUAUUCUAUCCAAAAGCUAUAUCAAUGUGUGAAAGAUUUUAGUGAUACUACUGGUCUGGAAUCUAAUAUGGACAAAUGCCCUAUAUACUUUGGAGGAGUUGAUGCUUCUGUCAAAUCAGAGAUAAAAAACUUCCUGGGUUUUUCAGAAGGUGUCCUUCCCUUCAAAUAUCUGGGUGUACCUCUCAUCUGGAGGCUUCAGGUUGCGAAGAUGAUUGAUGAGUUAUGCAGGAAAUUCUUGUGGGGAAAGUCUGAAAACUCAUUUAAAACUCCAUUGGUUUCAUGGGAUAAGGUAUGUUGUGGGAAAAAACAAGGUGGAUUGGGAGUUUUUUCUGCAUCUAAUUGGAAUCUGGCUUCAGCUAUGAGGAGCAUAUGGUAUAUUCAUGUUAACAAGGAAAUAUUAUGGGUGAAAUGGAUUCAUGGGAACUACUUAAAGCAUUGGGAUGUAUGGCAUGUCAAAGCCAAAAAAGGGGACUCUUGGAUGUGGAAGCAGCUACUUAAGUGUAGGGAUAAAGCUUUGAAUAAAGUUGGAGGGAUUGACAACCUGAAACAAUUUCUUAGUGCUUGUUAUAAAAACUCUAAAAUCCAGUUAUCAGCAGUUUACACUACAUUCUCUCCUUUUUCACAAAAUGUUCCAUGGAUUAACACAGUGUGGGGGAAGUUGAAUUAUCCUAGGCACUCGUUUGUGAUGUGGCUUGCGAUGCUGAACAGGCUGUUUACUGGUAAAUUGAUUCAUUUCAGUUUUGACUACCAGGCUGUUUACUGGUAA